AUGUGCAUUAAGAAAGAGAGGAAUAGCCGGUUAAGGAAUAAAAAUGGGAAAAUUGAUUCAUCUAAUCUAUCAUUAGUGAAAAUAAUCGAUGAGUGGUGUUGCAUUGAAACUAACUCGUAUCCUAUAAGGAAUGAAAAAAUAUUAAAAAGAAUAAAAUUGGAAAUAAAAAAGUUUAUAUACACUAACAUACUGUAUAAGACAAAAGUAAAUUUUUUACUUUUCAACACUUUUUACAAUUAUAAGUAUAAGUAUGACUUGAAGUAUGUAGAUGAACAAUAUGCAUUCGAUGUGUGUGCAGGUGUGGGAGUAUCAAAUUUUUACGAAGUAUUGAAAAGACAUUACAAAUGGAUUGGAAAUGACCAAGACAAAAGUGGUAAUAUAGAAUAUGGAUUGACAGAGAAUGAACAUGAGGAGAGAGGAAAUCCCAGGGAAGAUUUUUUUCAUCUAGGAAAUAUUCACUCAAGAGAUUUCCAAUUCUCGCAAUUAUACACAUCGAUUAUGUACUUUUGCUUUUUACUCCUAGAUAGGAAGUAUUAUUUGGAUUUCAUAUGCUUGUAUUUGUAUAUAAAAUCUUAUUUUUCCUUAGACAAGUUGUUAAUAAAGAAUGAAACUGUUUUAGAAUUCACAUGUCAUGAGAAAUUCCUGAAUUUGUUGCUGAAAUUGUCUGACAUUACAAUAUAUAACAGUGUUAAUGAAAUGGAAGCAGACAAGGAAAAUUCAUUCAUUCAAAUUGGACAUACUGGACGAACGAAUAUGAAAGAGGAAAAAAAAAGAAAAGAACAAAAAAACAUGUAUAAUUUAAACGAGUUUGAGGAAAAUAUACGAAUUAGAAACAUUUCCACAUUGUCAUACAACUUGUUAUUUCGGUUGCAAAUAAAAAUAAAUUUCAAUGAACUAAAUUAUGAUUUGAAUGCAAAUUUAUAUGACACUUUGUGUAAUUUUAUUUUGUCGUUUCAGGAUGAAUUUACAUCUAAGUUAAUUUCCAAGUUAAAUGAAUUUAAUAGUUUAACAUUUAUGUGUGGUAAGCAUAUUUUUAUGACAUCUCCCAGCGGCAGAGAAAUAACAAAUGUGAAUACGCAUAUUGAUGAUAUUCGAAAUAAUGAAAUUUUUAAUAACAUUCAUGGAAAUUUCCAUCUUUGGAAUACACUUCCCUUACGUGAUCAGAACGCAGGAUUAGACAUAAAUGAUACAUCAAUUCAGACACAUGAUGGAAAUUUCAACCAUUUGACACAUUCAAAGGAACAUAACAUGAUAUCUCUAUACCAAAAUAAAAGUAUCUUCACACGUUUUUCAAAUCGAAUAGAUGCACCACAGUUGCGACAGCAAGACAUGAGCUUUCAUGAAUCUCAGCAAAGCAUAAAGGAAGCUUGUUAUUACAACUUCAGUCUCUUUAGUGCAAAUGUGAAUGAUGCAUUUCUGGAUGAACAUAGAAAGAGUUUAUUUUCCUUUGUUCAUAAAGGUAAGGCGUCUAUCGGUGGAGAGAAGGUUCUCGUCAUGGAUUCGAUAAGAGGAAAUUAUCACAUGUGUGGUGGAAAAAAAUUAAGAGAAAAUGGUUGGAAUUGUAAUACCCUGAAUGAUUCUAACGAGUGUGAGGUGCUCAUGGAAAGUACGUUUACCCAAAGAAACAACACAUCCAUGGGAAUGCUCCGACCAAAGGAAAUAUUUUCCUUUAGAGGUGAAGACAUUUAUCAAGAUGAAGAAGAACUGGAUAUGAAAGGUGGAACCGUUGCUUCAUACUCAUGUGUAAAGUGGAGACUCGAGGGAAAAUCAAUUUAUAGUGAGUGGUGGAAGCAUCUCUUUAAUCAUCUGAAUGUUCAAGGAGACAGUGAUAGGAGUAAUGAUAGUGCAAAUGAUAGUGCUAAAAACUGCUUUAAUAGUUGUAGUAAUAACAUUGGUAAGAAUAGCGAGAGGAAGGACAAUCAAAGGUUGGGUCGCUACCUGUGGAAUAAAUCUUAUACAAACGACACAUCUGCUUUGAAAAAAAUAGAAAGAGAAAUAUUAAAAAAAAGAAAGAAAGGGAAAUACCAAAGGAAUUUUUUAAGUAUCAUUAAUAGCAUUUAUGUUACCCUACACAAAAAUAUUAUUUAUAGUAUAAAUAACAGAAUUGAAGAGUAUCGAUUUUUUAUUAUGAAACGUUUUUUUCAUCUUGUUUUUAAUAAUAACAAUUCAAAGCAGAAUCAGAACAUGAUCAACACGUGGAAAUAUCAAAUCAUGGCAUGUCUACUAGGGCAUGAAAGUGACAUGUUCUCAGUUCAUCAUAAGACGAAGUACUCCACUACCAUUGCUAUUAACACUACUACCUCGAGGGCCACUGCCGGUGGCACCACUACAGAGACUCGGGACGGGAGGAGGGUGCGAGAAAUGAAAAGAAGUAAAGCUUUCACAAAACAAAAUGGAUCAAUCACGUUGAAAGAAAAACUGAAAAAAUUAAAAAGAGGUGAUAUAUACAUUAGUAAAAAUGUCAUUUGUGUCAAUCACGAAAUAGUUUUUUGGAAAAAGAAAAAAAAUGAAAAACUUUUACGGCUUCACUUUAAACCAUUUCAGAAUUAUUUUUCUUCCCCAUUUUAUCAAAAAUAUAUUCAUCUCUUUUUUUAUUUUUCGAAAAUUGGAACAAUCGUGAGAUACAUUAAACUAUUUGUGCGAGUCUUUUCAAAAAUUAUGUUUCAUAAGGGUAGCAAAAAGAAACAUAUUACUAAAAGUAGAGUCAAAAACCCGGGUGCUGUUUGGAGUAAUGAAAAAAACAUAACGAUGGAUGUCAAAUGUUGGGGUGAGCAGAAUGCAGAGACGCAAAACAGUUUAUUUAAAAAAAGAAUAAACAGAAUAAGCAAAGUAAGCAAAGUAAGCAGCAUAAGCAGAACAAGAAGCAUGAGCAAAGUAAGCAGCAUGAGCAGAAUAAAUAAAACGGGGAAAGAGAAAAAGACAAACGAACCAAAAGAAAAUGUGAAAAAAAAAAAAGAAAUGCAUAAUUGUUGGACACAGCCCGAUUAUGACGUAAUUCCAUUAGGAGAGGUAUUCAUCACGUUUGUCAAUGCAGUUGCAAAUUAUAUGCACUUUUAUGAUGAAAAUAUAAGAAAAAUAAUUAUACAUGAAUGUUUAAGCACUCCCUUAGAAAUAUAUAAUACGGUUAAAAGUCACUUGGAGUGCAUUGAAUUCCUGGCAUUUCUUUGUUCAAGUUAUGCAUCUGAUAAGCACGAAAUUUUAAAAAAAAAAUUUUUUCCAUUUUAUGAACUUCAAACUUCGACCAACACCACUACUGCUAAUGUAGAGGAGGAGGGAGGAGAAAAUGGAAUUUCAAACGAGAAACAGAUAAUUGAAUAUAAUUAUUUUUUGAAUAUUAUUUAUGGUCUUUCACACGAACACUACUGUAAGGAGGCUCAAGUACACGGGUUGAAGACAAUCACCACUGCUGAGAGUAAUAACAUCUUUUCCAAUGCAUCUAUCAGAGAUCUUUCACACGGUUAUGAUAAGAACUUAUUUAUUUUUCCAAGAGGAAGUGAAUUGCUUAGUUAUGUGUAUAAGUACUAUUAUCUGUUCGUUAGUGUGAGGAAAACAAACCUGGAAAAUCUAUGUAGAUACAUUUUUUUGAAAAUAAUAAAACCACUUUUGCAUUUCCUGUAUGCAUACGUCUAUCUUGGAAUUAACAAAGACUAUCACUUUGAAUAUAUGAUAUGUAAGGAAGUUGCCCAUCAAUUCUUUUUUGUUUUUCAAAAUGGGACCAGAUACUACAACAGGGAGUUUCUAAUGUCAGACACAUUCCUUUCUCUUCCCGUUUUUUUGAAAUAUUUCAUCGAGAUGACGUACGAUGCUGGUCUGCUGUCGAGGAUUUUAAGAGCAUCCAGUGAAGAAGACUUUUACAUGGCCAUACCCAAAGUGGGAAAUGUAGAAAAUUUGAGAAAUUUAGAAAAUGAAAGAAAAAGGAAAAAAAAAAGAGAAGGAAUUGAGAAAACCUCAAACCAAAGGGUAUACCUAAACGGGACAAGCAUUUCAAAGUUGUUAUGCACCUCAUCAAUCAUGAAUAUAGAAAAUUUUUUAAAUUUGUAUACAAAUUUGCAUCAGCAAAAUGUUCGUAGAAAAAAUGAAAAUUUUGUAAAUGUCUUUAUUGAACACUGGAACAAUGAAGAAUAUUCAAAGCUCGUUUUUACAAAGACGAAGAGAAAAAUCGAUAAGAGGUUACAGAAAUAUUUUUUUACAUUUUUGAAAACACUGAAUGAACACAAUGUUCUUCAAACUCCACAAGGAAGAAACAGUGAUGAUGGGAAUAGUGCUGGCUGUAGUGCUAGCUAUAGUGAUUACAAUGAAAAAUCAAAAUUUCUGAAAAAAAACAAUGCAGAAGAAAGUAUGAAGAAAAAUCAUAAUGAUCCCAAUAGAUGCAGGUUCGUUGGAUUCAACAAAUUAAGCAUAAUUUGUAAGAGAAGGAACAAGCAGAAAAGGAAUUUCAACAUGUCUAGUUUUAGAAAUGAAGCAGCGGCACUGCGCUCUUGUCAUCAGAAGCAGCAGAAGAAGAAGAUGGAGAAGAUGGAGAUGGAGAAGAUGGAGAAGAUGAAGAUGGAGAAGAUGGAGAAGAUGAAGAUGGAGAAGAUGGAGAAGAUGAAGAUGGAGAAGAUGGAGAAGAUGAAUAUUCUUGGGCAUACAGUACGAUGCACAGACGAGAGGGUCUCAUCGAGACAGGGUACUCCUGCUGCCACGACAGACAGAUUUAAAAAAACUUUUAUGCAAAGCAUGAAAUCAAUGGAAGCAUGGCAGAUGGGUAAAAAACACAAUUUGAAACUGAAGAAACAUUCACAUGAUGAAUCUUCACCAACAAGCAGCAGUAAUAGUGGCAGUGAGGAUACACUAUACACAAGUUUUGAUAACACAACCGCUUCUUCUUUACAUACUCAUUUAUCAACGAGACAUUAUUAUGGUAAGGCAUGGAAGAAAAAGAACGGGAAUUUAAAAUAUAUCAAACGACAUGAUCAAGUAGGUUUUACUCAGAAUGAAAUAAAAAUGAAUGAAGAAAGCAGAUGUGUAUUGAACCCAUUUGAACAUACACUUUUUGGAAAAGAUGAAAAUAAUUACGAUAGAAGAGAAUUGCUAAGGUUCUGUAUAAAUUACAAAGGUCAUAAGGAUAAUAUUAGCAGUGUUGUAUAUGUGAAGAGAGCUACCAGAGGAUAUAAAAAAUGGAGAAAUUCAGAAAAAUCAAGAAAUUUCACUAUCUCCAGAUCGAACGAAUUCUGUAAUGAUGAUGAGAGGGAGCAGAUGGCAGUGGGGGAAGAGAUGGGAAUGGAGGAGGAUCAAGAAAAGUUUGAAAUUAAAAGUAUUAACUAUUUUAUAUACAGAAAUAUAUACAUCCCAAUUAAGAAUCAUUAUGAUAAUAUAAAUAAAAUUCUCGUAUAUUGUUUUUUAAUCAAGAAGAAUUUGCUACCAUUCCUAUGUCUCUUGAAAUGCUAUCUAUUUGAUGAAAAGGAGGAGAAUUAUAAAACAUUGUCUCUCUUGUUAUGUGGAAAGAAGAGUGAUAAUAGUUACAAUUGUUUGCGUUCAUAUAAUAUUCAUCAAAAUAAUACACAUACAACAAAAAAUGUUCAAACUCAUUUUUGGCAAAAGAAACUUCUUCACUAUCAUUUGGAUAAGGAUUUUUUCACAAGUACAGACAUUUCAACAAUGUUUAAUUAUAUCGAUAUACGCAUUCAAAUUCCACAUAUGUUAAGAAUAUUUUUUGAUGAACGUGUCAUAAAUUGCUACAGAAGCGUGUACAAAUUAACAUCUCUUCUUUAUUUUACGCACCAAAGUUUAAAUCACAUUUUUUGGAUUUUUUGCAAACUAACUAAACCUCUCGUUUAUCAGUACAAGCAGGAGACAGAAGCAGUAGGGGGUUCUACUUUUUUCCGUUCGCAAGAUUUUAAGUAUAUACAUUUGAUUAAUGAUAUAGCGAAUGGGAUGGGUUCAGGUGAAAACAGUGAUGAGGAGAAAAUAGAAAGGGGUGUGAUGAACUCUGCUGGAGAUGUCCCUCGUCGUGCUAGUGAUGUCAAUCUAAAUUGCUCCCUGACGAGGAAAAUUUGUAGCGUGUUUCUGACGAAUGGUAGAUUUUUCAACAUUGGGUUGGAUAAGCAUUUCAGAUGUAACAGAAAUGUAAAUAAAUUUAUGGAAAAUGCAAAAAUACUGAAUGAUAUCCUGAACGAUUUUAACAAAAUAAGAAAUGAGAUGCAUCUAAUAGUUAGAUAUAUUUACGACUAUGUAAUGAAUAUGAAUAUUUAUAGAAAUUAUUUUUUUUUUUUCCAAAAUGUUUUAAAAAUAUCUAGCUUUUCUUAUUUAAUCGAAUUUCACAAAUCGCUAGUAGAACACAUAUUUAAUUUCUCCUUUUUAUCCUCCCAUUUUCUAUCUUUGAGAAAAACAAUUUUUACCAUUAUCAACCUUGUUAAUGUAUUUAAACGAAUCAUGGAUUCAUUCAUAUCGUAUGAAUCCGACACACAACAAGAGCUGGUGAAUUUCUCUCGCACAUUUGAUCAACACUCCAAGGCACUUGAAAAAAAUAUAAUUCUACUAACAUCACCAGACGCACAAACCUUUAUAAAGAACUUUUAUAUUAACAGAAACCAUUUAAUUAUGCACAUCCGAGAAUUUCAAAACGGACGACUGGGUUGCAUCUACAACACAUUUUUCUUCAAUCAGUAUUAUUCCCUUAUGUUUGAGGAGAUUUAG